AGAAUUCUGGGAAAUGUAGUCGUGCUCCCUGUGGCGUCACAAGCAGCCGCGCUGCAAACCGCACUUCCGCAUCCCGUCUGCAGACGUUUGUCUUCCCCUAAGUUCCGCGGUGUUGGCGUCUGCUCCUCGCUCUCCGUUGGAUCUCUGACAUGGAGGAAAUGUUGUCAUUCAGGGAUGUGGCCAUUGACUUCUCUGCAGAGGAGUGGGAAUGCCUGGACCUUGCUCAGUGGAAUUUGUACAGGGAUGUAAUGUUGGAGAAUUACAGCAACCUUGUGUUCCUGGGUCUUGCAUCCUGUAAGCCAUACCUAGUCACAUUUCUGGAACAAAAACAAGGGCCUUCAGAUGUGAAGAGACCAGCAGCUGCUACCAUGCAUCCAGGGGGAAAGCCUUAUAAAUGUCAAGAAUUUGACAAGGCCUUUGAUUGGAAUUCACUCCUUAUUCAACACCAGAGAAUUCAUCCUGUGGAGAAACCUUACAAAUGUGAAGAAUGUGGCAAGGCCUUUAGUGCUCACUCAGCACUUUCUAUACACCGUAGAAGUCAUACAGGAGAAAAACCCUACAAGUGUGAAGAAUGUGGCAAGGCCUUUAGUACUCGUUCAGCACUUUACAUACACAAGAAAAUUCAUUCUGGAGAAAAACCCUACAAGUGUGAGGAGUGUGCGAAAGCAUUUUAUUUCCCUUCAUUACUUAAGCAACAUCAAAGAACUCAUUCUGCAGAGAAUCUCUGCAAGUGUGAAGAAUGUGGCAAAGCAUUUUAUUUACCUUCAUUUCUUAAGCAACAUCAAAGAAUUCAUUCUGCAGAGAAUCCUUACAGGUGUGAAGAAUGUGGUAAAGCCUUUUCCUAUCCCUCAACCCUAAAACAACAUCAAAGAAUUCAUUCUGGAGAGAAACCAUACCGUUGUGAAGAAUGUGGCAAAGCAUUCCGUAGGUCUACGUACUUUCACCAACACCAAAGAAUUCACACUGGAGAGAAACCCUACCAGUGUGAAGAAUGUGGGAAAACAUUUUACUAUCGGUCAAACCUGAAGGGACAUCAAAUUAUUCAUUCUGGAGUGAAACCCUACAAGUGUGAAGUGUGUGGCAGCAUGUUUAGAACUAGCUCAGACCUUUCUAAACACCAGAGAAUUCAUGCUGAAGUGAAACUCUACAGUUGUGAAGAAUGUGGAAAAGCCUUUUCUACUCAUUCAUACCUCAUUCGGCACAAAUUAGGCCAUUCUAGAGAGAAACCAUACAAAUGUGAAGAAUGUGGCAAAACAUUUUGUUAUCCUUCAAUCCUUAAGGAACAUCAAAGAAUUCAUUCUGGAGUGAAACCCUACAGUUGUGAGAUAUGUGGCAGCAUGUUUAGAACUCGCUCAGAACUUUCUAAGCACCAAAGAAUUCAUGCUGAAGUGAAACUCUACAGUUGUGAGGAAUGUGGAAAAGCGUUUUCUACUCACUCAUACCUAAUGCGGCACAGACUGGGUCAUUCUGGAGAGAAACCCUACAAAUGUGAGGAGUGUGGAAAAUCAUAUAGUUACCCUUCACUCCUUAAGGAACAUCAAAGAAUUCAUUCUCAAAACCCCUACAAGUGUGAAGUGUGUGGGAAGGUCUUUUGUACUCGCUCAGGACGUUCUAAACACCAGAGAAUUCACACUGGAGAGAAACCCUACAAGUGUCAAGAAUGUGGAAAAGGCUUUUCUACUCAUUCCUACCUUACUCUGCACAAAUUACUCCAUACUGGAGAAAAACCUUACAAAUGGGAAGAAUGUGGUGAGGUAUUUUAUACUUGCUGAAGACUUACUAAACACCAGUAUAUUCACACUGGAGAGAAACACCACAAAUGGAAUGGAUAUGUCAAAACUCUUUACUUCGGACUUUACACAACACCAAGAAAAUUCAUAUGGAAGAGAAACCAUACCUGUAUUAAUCUUUAAGACUUUACUAAACACAAGGGGCUUCCUGCUGUAGAGAAACCCUAUAGAUGUAAAGAAUAUAGCAGAGUGUUUUACCAAACUUUAAGAAAUCGCAAAGGCUCAUUCUCAAGAGAGUCCCUUCAAGUGUGAAGUGUGUGACAAGGUACUGGGUGCCACCUUGAGCCUUCUGUCUAACAGAGCAUUUAUCCUGGAGAGAAACUUCAAGUGUGAUGAAUUUGGAAAAUUAUAUUUACUCAUCCCUGAUUCUGAUCAGUCUUGACAAAGUGUGCUGUGUGUGUGUUUGUGGUGGAGGGUGUGCUUGUUUUGUUUUAGGUUAAUUGUGGUCAGACCCUUUGAGUUUGGGAGGAACCAAUCCAUCUCUAUUGGACUAGGAUCCUGGAUUGUAUAGAAGGUGAAAGUGAACUGAGAACAACUAUCUUCCUCUGCUUUCUCACUAUUGAAGCAACAGGAGCAGCUGCUUCAGCUCCUCUGCCUUAACUUUCUUACCAUGAUUCACAGUGUCAUGGUUUGAAUGAGAAAUGUCACCUGUAGUCUUGGAACAGGUCCAAACACUUGUUCCCUGAAUUGGUGCCCCUAUUUGGGUAGGUUCAGGAGUAGGUCAUUAGAGGUGAACUUUGAGAAUAAAAAGCUCCCUCUUUAUCCAGUUUGCUCUCUCUGCUUCUGGUUUGCUGUUGAGAAUGUGAACUCUUAGCUUCCUGCUUCGGCCACCAUGCAGCUUGUUGCCAUGCCCUCCCUCUGUCAUGGACUUUGAUCUCAUCUGUACCAUGAAGUGAAGUAAACUCAUUCCACUAUAAGUUGUGUUGGUCAUGGUGUUUCAUCACAACAGAAAAAUAAGUAAUAGAAACAUUGCCCUUGUACCAGGAACAGUAUGAAAUUGUUUCUCCUGACAUUGCUCAUACAAGGGUAUUUUAUCACAGCAAGAGGGAAAUAAGGCUGUAAGCCAAAGAAUAGUAACAAAAUGUUACUUACUGUUACACACCAUGAUCUUUUGUUCCUAGUUCUUCUAUUGUCCUCCUUUUUGUCCUUCUGUCUUACCUCAUUCUUUCCCAAAACUACUUCCUUUUUGUACACACACAAACAUCACAGAUGUAGUAACAGUAAAAAUAUACUACUGUGAUUAUUUUUCUCAGAAUUUGAUACCACAUGUGGUAUAUUCAUGUUGAUGCAAAUGUACUGUUAGUGUUUUAGAACACUUUUGUGUUUUUGUUAUUUUUGUUUGUUUGUUUGUUUUUUCAAGACAGGGUCUCUCUGCUUAGCCCUGGCUGUCCUAGAACUUGCUCUGUAGAGCAGAGCAAACUCACAAAGAGACAUCUGCCUCUGCCUACCAAGUGUUGGGAUUAAAGGCAUGUGCCAACACUGCCCAUCACCUUUUGGCAUUUUUAAUAUUAAGUUAUUGCCUCUCCUCCAGCUCAAGUUGAUUUUUCUGUAGGAUGAAAGACAGAUCUAAUUUCAUCUUUUUACCACUGCACAUCUAGUUUUGCCACCUCUAAUUUUUGAAAAGGCUAUCAGUUCUACUACAUGGUUUUGGCAUUUUGUGAAAAAAAAAUAUUAAUAGUUUGUUGCCAUAUUGGUUCAAGUCUGCAUCUUACUUUACAUUACAUUGGUGUCUCUACCGCUCCUCUUUUUUGUUUUGUUUUGUUUGUUUUUAUGAGUACCUUGCAGCUCUUUUAACUAUGCUCUGUUGUAUAGUUUGAUGUCAGGUAAUGCGAUACAUCUGACUAUUCUUUCUGUAUAAAUUGUGUUUUCCUGUGGUCUUUUGUGUUCCCAAAGGGGUUUAGGGUUUUUUGUUUUGUUUUUGUUUUUUCGUUUUCUAGUUCUAUGAUGAAUGUUAUUGAAAUUUUGCCCUGGAUUGCCUUGCGUGUGUAGGUAGCUUUUAAUAGUAUUGCCAUUUUUACAAUAUGAGUUCUGCCAAUCCAUGAACAUGUGGUAGCUUUCUAUCAUCUACUGUCUUCCUUUGAAAACUGUUUUCAGUAUUUUAAGAUUUUGCGAAUAGGAGUUUCAGUCCUGUCACAGAUACAUAGUGAGAGCCUGACUCAAAAACAAACAGAAAGAAAUCUUUCACCACCUUGGUUAGUGUUAUCCCAUACAUAUUUUACUUCUCCUCCUUCCCGUCAUCAUCAUCAUCAUGUUCCUCCACUUCUUUUUUCUCCCAUUAUGAAUGGGCACUUUUUACUGACUUCAUUCUUAGAAUGUUUGUUUUUGAUGUAUAUAUAAAAGCUAAUAAUUUUUGCAUGUUGAUUUUGUAAGCUGAUAUUUUACUGAAAGUAUCAAGUUUUUAGCGGUGUAUUUGAGGUCUUUUAAAUAAAGAAUCCUGUCAUCUGAAUAUACGGAUAGGUAACUUCGGAUUGGAUUUUUGUACUUUACUCUGUAUAUUGUCUUAAUUUUGUAGUUCACAAUUAGAGCACAAUAAGAAUUAAGAUAGGUAACCCUUGUCUCAUUAAGAUUUUACAGGAAAUGUUUUAAUUAAACAAUGACAUUUUUCUCUGCUUACUAAAGGUUGGCCAUCAGUUUGUCAUCCACUGAUUUUAUGCUAACAGAUGUUCCAUCUUUUCUUAGUUUUUUCUUCAAGAUGUUUUAUAGUUCAUCAGGUGCCUUUUCUACAUCUACUGAAAUACUCAUAUGAUUUCUGUCAUUGUGUAUAUUAAUAUGCUGCAUUACAUAUUGAUUUGUAUAUGUUGAGCCAACCUUAGGAGAUAAACCCAAUUAGUUGUGAUGUAUAAUAAGUGGGAACAUGUUUAAGAAGUUUUGAGGUCUUUGGGUUUUUUUUAUUUUUAUUUUUUUGGAGGGGUAUAUAAACAUUCAUUAUAAAUAGUGUUGUGGUAUGGUUUGUGUGUGUGUGUGUGUGUGUGUGUAUCUAAUUUUAUUAUGAUAAUUAUACUGGCUCCUUAGAAUUAGCUUAGUAGUUUCCUUCUGUUUCUACUUUGUGAAAGAAUUUGAAUAGUGAGUGUCAUUAGAUCUUGAAAGCUUGGUAGAAUUUUGCAGUAAGUCUACCUGGCCCUGGACUUUAUUUCAUGGUCAGACUUUUAGUUUCUGCUUCGUUAUUGUUAUAGGACUGGUUAGGAUGUUUGCAUCUUCUGGUUUAAUGUUCACUCUGUUGCAAAUGUGUAGAAGUAUAUUCAUUUCUUCUAACAUUCUGAAAUUGUCUCCCAUUUAUUUAAGUCUCAGUCUCCCUCCCUCCUUUGCUUUCUUCUUUCCCUCCUUUCUCCCUCCAUUCUUCCCCCUUCUCCACCAUCACCCCUGGUUGUUUCACUAGGAGUUGGCCGAUCUUGUCUAUCUUGUGAAAUAACCCACUAUUUGUUUAGUUCAGUAUAUUGUUCUUCAACUCUGUAGUUCAUAAAUUUUAGUCCUCAUUUUUAUUAUUUUUAAUAUAUAUUUAUACUUCAUGUCAACUUCUGUAUUUUGGAUUGGCUUUGUUUCUCCAGCUUUGAGGUAUAUCAUUAGAUUAUUUGAGAUCUCUGUGAUAUUUCAAUCAAGAAUCUUAGUGUAACCUUUCUUCUUAGGACUGCCUUUCUUUUGGAUUUAUUCACUGUUCAUUUUAAGAUAAAUAUUUUAGUCACCAAUUGUCCACUUUCUGAGGUAGGUCUUUCUAUUUCCACUUAUAGUACAACAUACUCUGAUAGGAUGCACGGGAUUUUUUUUUCAUAAAUUCUUUGUGCCUUAUAAUUUGAGAUAGUUCCUUGUGCCCCUAGAGGAAUGCAUAUUCAUUGUCUGUUCUGUGUAAUGUUUUGUAGAUAUCUUUUAAGUCCAGAUGAUAUUUUGAGCAUUUGUCUGUAAAUUUUCUUACACAUUAUGGAUAUGGACGUCUAGAAAUCUAACGCAAAACAAAUCUUGCUACAUCUGUUUUUGAGUAGCUGGACAUACCUCUCCCUCUAGUCUACAUUUUGAUAUCUUUUAGGUGGCUCUCUCACUUUAUAGACAUUAUUUACAUGUUGGCCUAAAUCAAUGAGUUCUAUCAAAGCCUUUCCACUUUAUGAUCUUGCCCAACCAAAGGGCUCAGCAAAACCACUAAAGCUUCAUCUAAGUCUCCUGGUCCCUGAAGACAUCAACUGGUUUCUUUGAGUCCUCUGUGAAAUUAGUUCUAUAUAUGUUCCCAAUGAAUCUGUGUUCAAACACAGCUUUUGUUAUUCCUGGGUUCCUCAGUAGUCCUUGUUACUCUAGUUGUCUAGGCCCUGGUAUUUUUGAGCUCCUCAGAUAGAAAUAAGUGGGUGUUUCUCAUGGCUCUGAUAAGUAAGCCAGUCCAUCAGGAAUAGUUUUCCUCAUGUUGUAUCAGCUUAGGAGGCCUUUGCCUUCAGGAGAGAUGAGUAGUUGUAUUUUCUAUCUGUUUUUCUGCCUCCAUAGCAGUCAGACUGACCGCAUCUACUCAGAUUUCCCAUAGCCUCCCUAACCAGGCUGUAACAGGUUCUUUUCAUUUCUCGUUUAAAAGUCUUCCCUAAUCCAAGAUCAAAUGCUGAGUAUUUCCUGAUUAUGCUGCUUUCUCUUAUUGGGCAUUACUAUACCUCUGCAUGCAUAUUGGAUCACAGAUUUUGUGGUUUUGUUUUUGCUUUUUAAUCAAAGGUAGGACCUGAGAGGUGCCAUCAGUUACCUUUACCUUGUUCUGAGGACUGCCAUCUGUCUCUAUUAGGGGUACUGACCAUGACCUUUACUGAAGUCUUCUGAGAGGUACAAUCUGUCACUUUUACCAUUUUGUCCUGGGGAUGCCAACUCUCACUUUUAUUGUGGUCUCCUGAAAGAGGCCAACUGUGACUUUCACAUGUUCUGCAGAGGGGUAGCAUCUAUCACUUUGCCAUGCUCUCUUGACCUCCAAGCUGUAAGAAAGGGCAAGCCAAGACAUCUCUCUCAUCUUCUCUUUUGUCUAACUUCCUUGCCAGAUCAGAUUGGAUCACAGAUGGAUAUGAUGGAGAAUAUUAGCCCUAACUCCCUUAUUUCUUGGAAUUCCUUCUUUACACAAAGAAGUUCUUGUUUGGCUGCCAUCAUAGCCUUGGAUACAUUUCUUAUUACACACAACAGAGGCCAGGCAACCUCUGCAGCUGUUUGCCAACAAUCUCAACCCUUGUGUUUUAUAGUCAGAGGCUGCAACAUUGUCUCUAGACCUUUAACUGUUUUCAUGACAUCUCCAUAUUUAAAUGAUGGACUGCAUUCAUCAAUAAGGCGAGCCCCCCCCCCCAUCUCAUAGACAAAGUUUGCCAUUCUGGGAUAUUAGUGUGCUAUAAGGUUGUGCUAUGGGAAUCCUGAUUGCUCAUCCUUAGUUGCAUGUCUUACUUCCCAUAGCAGGGACCAUGUAGCCACUGUUAACCUGGGAAAGAAUGGUUGUAUUGGAAUUUUGUUCUUGGAUGCUCCCCCCCCCCAACCUGAUCAGCCUCAGUUACCUGCCUUGCUUCCCACACCUAGUACCAUGCACAUUUUUUCUCCCCAAGUUACUGGUUCUUAGGUGUCCCUUCUCAGGGACGAAUUAUGUGAUAGACAUCUGUUGCAUCUUGGAGAGAUGCAACAGAUGCACACAUAUGUGUGUACACACACAUACACGCACACACACAAAGCAGCACACAUCUACAACAGAACCUUCUUGCCUGAGGGUUAGUGAGUACCAAGAAAAGACUGAAAGGAUGAGAAGCACAGGAAGUGUUCUACUAGGUUGGUGUCUCCUAGAAAUGACAAGUAACAUCUAUGGUACCGCAAUAACACAGCUGCCUACAAAGGACCUGAACAAUGACAACACCAAUGGACAUGCUAAAAUGGAAUGAGGAAUUCUCACUAACAAAGAGCUAGGAGCAACUAAUGACUGCUGAAAGAGAGAAAGAAUGAAUCUUCCUCAGGGAGGUGCCCACUAAUUGGUUAUCCAGAACCAAGUGGUCAGUCUUGAAAUCAUGAAUAUACAAGUAACACUGAAUGGACUCAGCAGGUUGCAUUUACAUAUUUAUGCACUCACAUAUAUGUAAGAAAAGAGGCCAUAAAUUUGUGGGGGAGGACUAUGGGAAGCUUGGAAAAAGGAGGGGAAAAUAAUGUAAUUUUUGUUUAUUUAAUUGCAAAAAAUAAAAGAGAAAAUACAUUGUAUGAAA